UCCCGCAGGGGUGGGGGUGGAGGUGGCGGCCUCUCAACCCAGCGCGCGUCCGGCGUCCCAUCCACCUCUCCCCACCCCACGCGCGCUCCUCACGUGCUGAGCAGUAACCCGGAGUUAGAAGGAAACUAGACCCCGCCCCUUCUUUUUUUCCCUUCUCCUCCCUGUCUCCCGCUGCUGCUUCGGAGGAGGGAGGGGGGCUGCAGCGAAGCGUGUUUGCGCCCCUGCCCCCAAAGGCUGCAAAAGCGGCGCCUCUGGUUCCAAGGGCGGCGGGGGAUGGCGGCCGCUUUGGAGCUGCUCUUGCGGGACGAGGUGGCAGCCGGCGCGGUGGUGCGGUGGCUGAAGUCAAGCCAGAGCUGCGCCGAAGAGGACUCUCCAAUUCACCCCAAACUUGUUGCCCUUAAUUUGCUUCAAAAAGACUUUGUUCCUUUUUUGCUGAACUACCUCAGGGAACAGACCAGUCAGAUAUUGACCCAUGGACCAUCUACUCCUGCUAAAAUUCCAAAUUCCAAGAACUUGAGAAAUUCUAGUAGCUAUAGGAACCAAAGGACCGGAUCUGAAAAAAAGUUCCAGAAUAGUAGCUGUCGUGGACAACUUUUCUUUGAUAGAGUUCCUACUGGCUUGCAGUCUCCAAAUACCAGUAUUUCUGCUUCAGAAUUGCAUGGAUCUUCAGUUGUUAAUGGGUCAAGUGAACUGAAUUCCAGUAGUGAUCUCUUAAAUGCGGAUCUCAGCAGUAGCCCAAGUGUGGGUUCGAGCCCUAUUUUUUCUCGCAGUGAGAGACGAUCUGCUCAGAAAACAAACUUGGGGAGUUUUCUUGUUGCUGCUCCAAUAAGGCGAAGCAGAAGAAAAGGGAGCAAUUGUACAAGUGGUUCUAGUCGGUCAAUGGGACAUGAUGUAGGAAGAAACACAAAUGAUGAAGUAAAAAGUGAAAGCUCCUCAUUUUCUUCAUUGAGACAGAAGAAACCGAGUGAAAUGAAUCUUGUCUCCACUUCUUCACCAUCUGACCAGCUUAACUUACAUGAUUUGGAGGAGUUUCCACCCAUGAGUGCUGCUGGAAAAAUAAACAAAACCAAACCAUCAAGAAGAAUAAAUCCUACUCCUGUGAGUACUGAGAGAACUCUGUCCAAGCCCAAAAUGUGCUUCACUUCUACACCUGUUGGCAACUCUCAAGUUCAGUCUGGAGUAAGUUCUGAGAACCUUACUGAUUCUCAGGAAAUGAAUUUAACUUCUAUUACGGGAAGCCUUCAGGAAGAAAGAGAGAUGUUGAAGAAAGAAAGAUCUAAAUUAUUGCAUCACACGUCUUCCUCUAUAAGUUUAUCCCUGGAUUCUGGCACACCCACCAAAUCUAAUGUUGGUUGGAAUGUAUAUAUUCAAACUGAAAACCAGUCGGUAGCCUCAGCUGAUGUCAACAAAGUGACUUACAGAAAACAGCUGGAACACCUAGCUGAGCUUUAUUCCAUUUGCAUAGCAGAAAACCUCGUGCCAAAUAUCUUUUCAGAACUUUUCUUUGUAUUGCAGCUGCUAACAGCAAAGGGAACUUCCUUUGCAGAAGAUAGGGAGAGUGACAUGGGAUUUAUGGAACAGAAUACAGAUUUGAUUGAGAGGCAGCAUUUUCACAGUAUACACAACUGUGUUUACUUUGCUGUGCAAGUUUUGGAUUAUCAGUUUGAAAUUGUUUCUCAUUUAGAGAAAGGGACCCUGAAGCUCCUGGCUGAGAAUGACAGAAUUGCAUCUUUUUCCCUUGGCUUGCAUGAGAGGCUAAUGGCAGCCUAUGAAAACACAACAGCAACGGUUUACCUCUGGUUGCCUUCAUGUGUGCAGUCAGUUUCUUUUCAACCAGAAACUGACAAUCGAUCUAACUUUUCCAGUGAUAAGGCAUUUCAUAUAUUCAAGAAGCAAAGAGAUAUUUUCUAUGAAUUGCUGCGAGAAUGGGAAGAUAACUUCGAAAAAACAGGUUGGGAUUUUGAGAAAUGUCUAGGAGAUAGGAUCAGAGUUAUGAUGGCACAUCUUUCAGCAGCUUGUAACUAUAGUCACUUUGCCCGGCUCUUUCAGAAACAGCUUCUUCAGAUGUGUAAAGGAUCAGUUGUUGGAGGCACAAAUUGGGGAGAUACUCCAGACCAGGAUGUCCUUAACAUGUUAGGUCCAGAUAAUCUGAACCGACUGAAGAGGCUGCAAGAGAGAUUUCUUGUUCCUCAGAGCAUCAGAGGACCUUGUCCUCCUCCUUCUUUCCCAGGAUGCCAACAGUUUUUCAGGGACUUCAUCCUCAGUGCAGGGAGCUACCGAUUUAAUCAACACCUGGUAGACAGUUUGUGCCUGCAGAUACUUGAGUUGGACAGUUUUGCCUUGGUGGAACAUGAACCCAAUGAUGGAGAAGCAAUGAGCGAACAGGAUGAAAAGAAGCAUUUUGCCAGCGUUCUUAUGAGUCUUCGACUCCUGGCUAAGUUUGUGGGAUUCCUUGUCUUUCUGCCGUAUCGCACAUCAGAGCCAGCAACUGGAGAUCUCUUGGAGUCAGCAAUCACAUUAAGGAACCAUGCCCAUCCUGUGUUGGAUAUUUUCAAGUUGUUGAGACAGUCCAUUCAGAAACGAUGUCUGGUCCUGACUGUACCCUGGGUGGUUGAAUUUCUUUCUCUCAUGGAUUAUAUUGCCCCAUUUCUUAACUACUAUGAGAAAAUAUUUGCUCUGCUAUUGCAGCUCUAUAGGUACCUGCUACUUUCUGAAGAUAAAAAGAUGUGCUUCCUGAAUAAGCUACUGAUCCUCGCAGUUUUAGGAUGGCUUUUUCAAGUGCCGACAGUUCCAGAAAACUUGUUCUUUGCUGGUGAAGUGAGAUCGGAAGAAUUGUCUUUGGAAUCUGCGACCACAGUUCAGGAUCUGGAUUCUGUGCCGUUGGUUGAUCAACAGUUGCUUUAUACAUGUUGUCCUUACCUUGGUGAGUUGAGGAAAUUACUGUCUUCUUUUGUGUUGGGAAGUGGAGGAAAAAACGGUGGCUAUAUAAGAAAAAUAACCCCAACUGCUACAGAGGUCUUAGCUCCAAAGCCUUCCCUCACUCAGCAAAAACUUCAGGCAGAUCUGGAACAAGCCUUCUUUCACAAUCAGUCCCCAUCUCUGCGGAGAACAGUAGAAUUUGUGGCAGAGAGAAUUGGAUCAAAUUGUGUCAAGCAUAUCAAGGCAACCCUGGUAGCAGAGCUGGUGAAAAGAGCUGAAGUCAUUUUGCAAGAUGCUAUGAAGGCAGAAGAUGGCAAUCACGACAAAUUAUUGGAUGCAGUAUGUUCGCAAUUGUAUCAAGAAGGAGCACAAGCUCUUAUACAAGGCAAAGAAUUUUGUAGGAAGAAGGCCCCUGAAGCUGUGAAAAUCCUGCUGCCAGAAGAGACCUCUGCAGCUGUUUUGAACUGUGCAGCAAAUAUUGCAGUGGGAUUGGCUAUCGAGAAGGCCUGCAGUUGGCUUUCUACAAAUAUUUCAGCCCUGAUCAAAAGAGAAGUAAAAGCUACCUUCAGUCGCAUGCUAAAAGUUCAGAUGCUUUCCCAGUCCAGUGCCAAUGAAAUUACACUGAGGAAGAAGGACUGCCCUCCAAGCUGCCACCAUCAAACAGCAUUCCCUUCCCAGAUAAUCAGUGAAAUCAAGGAUCUACUCUGUGUUGCUAUAGGCCCAAGAGAAGAAGAUGAAGAAAUCCAGUUUGCUGACUUGGAAAGCUUGUUGGGAAGGGUGAGCCAGACACUUCAGUGCAGAAAGUUCAUCUGCCCAGCAUCAGAGCAACAGCUGGCUAAGUGCACCAUUGAGCUGGCAUCACUGCUAGUUUCAGAUUGUGUUCCAAUCCAGGAGCCGAACUUUACAUCUCCCAAAAUGCCAGAACAGCAGCAAUCAAAGUACCACCUCAUCUCCAGUCUCCUGGAAUCUCUUCUGUCCAUCUGGAAAGAUAAUUUUCAGGCACCAGUACCAUUACACCUGAUGUUCACUCAAAAAAACAUCGCCUACCUUGCAGGCAGCAAAGAUCAUGAGUGGGGCUUGUUUUUAUUCAUGCUUCAUGGCCUUGUUGAGCAUGGGCUGAUGACAAGUACAGAGAUAGAGCACAGUUUGCAUGACCUCCAGAAGCAAACGUGGCCUUUGGACUUUUCCAAGGAAUUAGAAGCCGUGUUAAAAAUAUUCAUUUCCAAAACUCACACUACAGAGCCAAAGACUUUUGCUUGUGAUUUAGGAUCGCAGCCAAGAGAAACAGUUGCAGCCCAAAGUUAGCUGAAUUGCCAUGUUUAAAAAUUAUUGGGGUUGCAUAUAAAUGCCUUGACAAAAUUGCACUCAGAAUUAGUAUGGAUCUUGUCCUCAAAGAUGAUGUCUCUCCAGUGCACUGUGUUGGAGGACAAGGAAAAAGCCAAGUCGAGCACCUUAAUUAGAACUGCAGGAACAAAACUCCUUUUGUAUAGAAAUGUGUGGCUUCCAAAUUCCAGAAUCUUUACAGAUGGGUGAAACACACUGAAGGGAUCCGUUUCUAACACGAAGGAGAUUCUUACCUUGCAGUGAAUCCCAUUGAACCAUUGACGAGUAAAACUACAUGUAAGCUUCGUAUUUAAUCGGGUAUUUAAUGGAUGCUCAUACUUGAUUUUUUUCAGUUGAACUUCGUCUGGAAAUAUAAUCAUUGCUAUGAGAGCACUAAUAUUGGCUUAAUUUUUUUUUUAAAGGGUGCCUGCUCUUGUCACAUUUUGUAUUUGUGAUUUUUUAAUGCAGAGAAAAAUAGUUUUAUGAGGAAUAUUGUUUUUAAUGAUGCCACCAUUUAAUUACUGAAAUAGUUGCUUUUAAAAAUAUUUAUAUAGAAGACGGCUCUACAAUCUUGCCAAUGGAAAAGGCUGAGAAAAGGAUUGACCUAACUUUACUUUGAUAUGAGACUUAAUUUCCUAUGGAGUGUAUCUCUUCCUUUCUCUUUUUCUUGCACUAUAGUAAUGUAGUUUUCUUCUGGAAACCUGCUUGUUUUAUUAUUAAAGAUAAUGGGUGAAAUUA